AGAACACAUAAAAUGCCAAAUACGGCAUUACGAGUUGAUAAGGCGGAAUGGUUACAAAAGGUCGAGCAAAGUUUGCAUGCUAUUGAUAUAAUUGGACGGAAAUUAAUUACUGGACGCUCAGCAUGCCGAAAUAUUGGUUCCGAGCCUACUUUAAUACAACUUGAGGCAAAAUUAAUUCGACUUGCUUCCCAAGUAUGUUAUUUAAAUCAACGUUAUCGGGGUACGAAAUAUCCAUCUCUAAAUGAAUGGCUAACAUAUGUCAAUUUAUUACCAAGAGAAAUUGUUACUGUUCUAGAAUGCUUGCAAACAUUUUGUGUAUUAAUUACUACGAACGACAAACAGCUUUUGGAUAUCUGCGAAAGAUUUCGAUUUACAUCAGAUGGCCGUCGUAGAUUGCGCAAGUCAUCGUACUCGUUGCGAAGUUAUGUUUCAAAAUGGAAAGACGAAGCAUAUGAACCAGUUCGCGCAUUUAGUGACAGAGAUUUAUGUUGGAUGAGUUUCGAUCAUUUGGCUUCAAGUGAUAGCAAGUCGUUUCCAUAUGAAAACACUGCGGAGUCGAGCGCUAGCGACUCUGGCUCAGGAGUAGGGUCAAAUUUAUCUCAGUCAUCACUUCCAACAACUACACCACCAGCAAGCCCAAGUGUUACGAUAAUCAAUACGACGCUUUCUAAUACGCUUAAUGUUUUCCCAAGAAGUACUGGUGAAAAGAAGUCAGUUCCUAAUCGUCUAUCGACAACAUAUUUAAUGACGGAUGGCCUAAUGCGCUCACAUUCUCAUGAAUCGAAUCUUCAAUAUACUGUUAAUAGUAGUAGAGGCAGUGGAUUGACAAGUUCCCGUUCAAUCAAUGACUGUUUGUCGGUAGUCAAUCAUGGGGCGACUUUGAGCCCAUCAUCAUCGCAUUUAAACUAUGUGAACCAGAUGGCAAAUACAAUGCCUCGAACACCGAAAACUGCCCGUGCCAAGCACUCGAUUCCCCAUCAGUGGCAUCGGCGAAAAGGUUUUCGUAUUUCCACAGAAAAUUGUCACUUCUGUCAACGACAGUUAAAUUUUUUCAGCGAAUAUGAGAAAUGUAAAUCAUGCAAGUGGAAGGUACAUCCGCACUGUAAAGAGAAAAUUGGUGAUUCAUGCGGUCUUACUCCUGCUUAUCUCAAACAGGCACUGAAAGAAAUGUUCAUGAAAGACAUCGGAAAUGAUGGGUGGACACCAUCGGAAUACAGUGCUUCGUCACAACAGGCGUUUCCUUUUGAUCCCGUAGAUAGUUCUUCGAGUGCAAACAGCUCGGCGCCUUCAACGCCGGCUUUCCCAACUAUAUAUUCUGGAAACCAAAUUUUUGUAGCUACGCUUCCAACAUCCAGUCCAUUCUUAUUGCCAUCAGCACCUCCUUCAUCAUACAAAAGUAAUUUUGAUUUUCCGGAAGCAGUUCCCGAAGUGCCUGAUAUUGUUGUAGAAGGUGGCGGCAGUGAACAGCAAUGUUUAAUUUCAUCGCAGGGCUCAGAUUGUACCGUAAAUUCCAGUGGCACCGUCGUUCUUGGUGGUUCAGAAGGUUCCGAAGGUACUUUAUUCAUUGACUCGAUGGGAAGCAAUGGCGGCAAUUUUGAUAAUCGGGAAGAAUUGGAUGGUUCAAAGUUAAGUCCUUACUCGGGUUGCUCACUGAAUCGUGACAGAUGGAGUAAUGGAACGAUUAGAGUACCAAAUAACUGGAAUGAUUUUACUAUUCCGUUUAGUCAAAUCGAAUUCAAGAAACAAAGUUUGAUUGGAAAAGGGCGUUUUGGGGAGGUGCACAAAGCAAACUGGUAUGGUGAUGUAGCAGUAAAAUUGCUGAAUAUGGAUCAUGUGGAUGAAGAAAAGCAGUUAGAAGCUUUCAAGGUGGAAGUUGCAUCAUUCAAGAAUACACGACAUGACAAUAUAGUACUCUUUCUGGGCUACACUUUUGAUCAACAUAAAUUAGGUAUUGUUAUGCAUUAUUGUAAAGGUCGGCCGCUGCACCAGUUACUUCAUGAUCAUUACGAAAAAUUCAAUUUCACUGAGAUCGUGCAUUUUGCUACACAGAUAUGUCAGGGAGUAUCGUACUUGCAUACAAAAAAGAUUAUUCAUAAAGAUCUACGAACGAAAAAUAUUUUUGUGGAAAGUCGAAAUCGUAUCGUCCUGACAGAUUUUGGACUUUUUAAUAUGAAGCGACUUGGUCAGCCGCAUAGGAAUCAUAUACUGAUUGUUCCACAGUAUUGGUUGUGUUAUGUUGCUCCGGAGCUGAUCAAAGCAUUAUCGGCUGAACUGAUCCAGUUACCAUUCACCGAAAACAGUGACGUUUAUGCGUUUGGGACCAUCUGGUAUGAACUAAUGACGUAUCGUUUUCCAUUCCGAGAGCUGCAUCCGGAUGUUGUCAUUUGGAAAGUUGGAUGUGGUUUCAAAGCACCUGUUGGUGAUAUUUCUGGUCCUCGGGAAGUCAAGGAUAUUCUAGUCCAGUGCUGGAAUUACGCAGCGGAAGAAAGGCCGUCGCUUCGUGAUAUCUCAGGGAUGCUGGAAAGAUUUCCGAAGAAACGGCUUGGUCGCAGUCCUUCAUUUCCAGUUUCGCGAAGCUAUGAAUCUGUUUUUUAAACCAUCACCCGUCAGUUGGUACUGAAGUGAUUUCUUCUGUUUUCCAUGAUUCUCUUUGCUCCCCUGUCUCCCUUCCUUCCUCUCGGUCUUGUCAGUAUUGUCAUAUUGAUUGCACUUUGAAUUAAUGCCUUCACUUCAGGGUUCACCUCCUAACAUUCUGCUCUUUAUUGCAUCAGUUCGUUCUCUGGUAAUUAUUUUCAGAUCAAUCGAAAUUCUAUGUAAAGAGAAGCUACUUAAUAAAUAAAAAUGAUUGAACCUUUUGGAUCUUCAGAAGUGCUGCCAAAGGCGAAGUUUAUCAGAAAAAGGACGUCCCCACCUUAGCUCGGCUCACUAAAUUUAACACAUUGUUUGAAGAGCUAUCUGAUAAAUAAUCAUCUUCUGACCACAACUUAUUGAUUUUUUCCAGUGGUGUUGGUAAACAUGUGAUAUUUUUGGUAUUGCAGUGAAUAGUGUUGUCACUGGGAUAUCCGUUUGAUCAUUGUAAUAUGAUUCCACAAUAUCAGUAUUAUCGUCUUUAUUAUCUUCAUGAAUUGAGGGUUGUACGUAAAACAGAUUUUUCCUCUUUUCAUAUACAGUAUCAUAUUACUGUUUUUGACACGUGCACUGGCUCCUGCAUACUUCACCUUGCAUAUGAUUUGGAUUUUGACGAACUUCAUUUCCUAAGUAAAACGGAGUGGCG